AAUUAGUUUCACAGAAAAAAAAAAUACUAUUAACACGUUUCUCAGUUGUGAUUGAGGUACACGAUAUUGCUUAAAAGAUAUCAAUUUAAUUCUUAAAGGAGAGUAGAAAAGUCGGAAUAAACACCAAAAAUCAGAAGCCCUACACGAGUUACUGUUAAAGAUAACCGCAUUUUCCAUAAUACAACCGAUUAGCUCACGUCCAUACAUAGAUCUCGCGGGAUUCGGGAGAUAUAUAACUCAGAUAGUUGCUGGGAAAUGUAGUUCAGAAGAUAAAUACGCAUGAAGUUAGUCUGCCUAGGAAACAGCAGCUUUGAGUGCUGCAAGUGCAGACAAGAAAAAUAUUGAGUUCAGGGUAAGGUGUACACAGUGGAUGAGAAUUACAUCGUGGUAACCCUCUGUCGUGCGAAAUCAACCUGCUUCUAGUUCCUCGUAUUAUUAUUAUUAUUAUUAUUAUUAUUAUUAUUAUUAUUAUUAUUAUUAUUAUUAUUAUUUACUUUUUAGAAAAAUGGCUAUGGAUUUGACUUUCCUGGGGACCGGCUCUGCCUACCCUUCGCCGCAUCGCGGUGCCUCAGCGCUGGUUCUUCGGAUAGAGGGGGACUGCUGGCUGUUUGACUGCGGUGAAGGGACACAGACGCAACUAAUGAAGAGCCAGUUGAAAGCUAGUAGGAUCACAAAAGUUUUUAUCACCCAUCUUCAUGGGGACCACAUGUUUGGACUCCCAGGUCUUCUCUGCACUGUGAGCCUUCACUGCACUUCCACUGCUGGCAAAGAUCACCAGCCUGUGGAGAUCUAUGGACCGGUUGGGCUGAGAAAGUUUCUCCGAGUCACUCUGGGGCUUUCCAGUUCACAGCUGCUGUUUCCUUAUGUAGUCCAUGAGCUUGUUCCUACUGCAGACCAGAGUCCACCAGAGGGACUUCUGGACCCAAAAAUGACUAACUGCGAUGAAGGACUUCAUCCACAAGAAGGCCAAGGAAGGACUAUUCACCUGGACCCGGCAGAUAACUCCUACACUCUUAUUGAAAGCGAGCAAGUCGUUGUUAAAGCAUUUCAGCUUUAUCAUCGGAUACCUUCCUUUGGGUUUGUGGUGGAGGAAGGGGAGCGUCCAGGAAGACUAAAUGUACAGAAGCUGAAGGAACUGGGAAUAAAGGCAGGACCAGUUUAUGGCAGACUAAAAACUGGACAAUCUGUAGUCCUAGAAAAUGGGGUCACAGUUUUCCCGUCAGAUGUUUUGGAGGAACCUAUCCCAGGAAGAAAGAUUUGUAUCUUGGGGGACUGCUGCAGCCUUGUGGGCGAUGCUGGUCAGCAGCUGUGCCAUGGAGCAGAUGUCCUUGUCCAUGAAGCCACGCUGGAUGACACCCAGAAAGACAAGGCCAUGGAGCACGGGCACAGCACUCCCAGCAUGGCAGCAGAGUUUGCUAAAGCGUGCCAAGCAAAGCAACUGGCUCUUUAUCAUUUUAGCCAGAGAUACAAGCCCCCAGCUCUUCUAAAAGAGGGGGAUGAGGAUGAUGUCAUGGAACUGAAAAGGCAAGCUGCAGCACAUUUAAAUGGCCAGGAGGUUAUAUUGGCUGAAGAUUUUUUAACAAUAGUAAUUCCAAUUAAAAAAGGAAUCUAGUUUUUGUAUUGUAUUUAUUGUAUCAGAAUAAAUUUUAAUGUGUUUUUUACUUU